AAUUUACAGAGAUUUGUGGUGGGAAUCCAUGGCUACUUCGUUGAAGGUGAAGAGCGGCGGCAACGUGCAGGAUGGUUCUUCAAAGGGAAAGAUUGGAUAUUCUGUUACCAAGAGAAGAUUGAGAGCUCUUCAAGCAAGCAGGCAGCUGAUUCCAAGCAGAAAUCUGUGCAAACUGUUACAAAAACUGAGGUAAAAUCAAAACCAAAUUCGGCAUCAAAGACGAUAACAAAGAAAACCACCACAAAAGUGAGAGAGAAGAAAGUGUACACUUUGGCUGGCCAGAAAUUUGAUCCUCCUGAAGAGAGAGAACCUCUGCGGAUCUUCUACGAGUCAUUGUCCAAACAGAUACCAACAAGUGAAAUGGCUGAAUUCUGGAUGAUGGAACAUGGCCUAUUGUCCCAUGAAAGAUCUAGAAAGGCAUAUGAGAAGAAGCAGAGAAAGCAAAAGCAACUUCGUUUGGGAACUCCUAUUAAGUCUACACCAAAACCAGCAAGUAAACCUGAGAGUUCACAGAGGCCACAACAGCAGGCAUCUAAGAACGGCGAUGUAAAAGCCAAGAAGAGAGUUGUCAAAGAGAGUGACGACGACGACGAUUUCAUUUUAAGUUCCAGGAGGAGGAAAGCGUAAGCGAAAAUAUUAAAAGAACCCCUUAUCUGUGUACUUUUAGGAAUUGCUUGUUUAGAUUUCUUCUUAUUUGAUCGGGAAAAAAAGCCGGGAACUGUUAGAUAUCAGACAAGGUGAGAGUGAGACAUUCUUUAUUAUUGUCAAACUUAUGAAAACAAUAAGCAAAGACUCUCAGGUUACUUCUGUUUCAUUUCUUCGACUUGUCAGUAGUUCAUCAACUGUGUCACAUAAACGCUGAUUAGCCGAAGAAUUAAUGUUAUUGUUAAGCUCUCUUAUGAUA